AUGACCACCAAAGGCUCAGUAUUCCUCAUCGGCCCGGGCUUCAUCGGGCUCCAGGUCCUGAGCGAGUUGCUCCAGGAAGGCUACGAGGUCACCACGCUGGUGCGCAGAGAGGAAGCCAAGAGGAAGCUGGAACAGCUCGGGGCCAAGACGGUCGUGGGGACCCUGGAGAGCGCCGACAUCAUCCGCAAGCAUGCCGCCGCUGCAGACAUCACGAUCCACACCGCCACCGCCGAUCACCUUCCGUCCGUCGCGGCCGUCCUAGAGGGCCUCCGCGAGAGCGUGAAGCAAGGGAAGACGCCGAUCUACAUCCAUACGAGCGGCUGCAGCGCCAUCAUCGACAAGUCGGACGGAGAAUACGCCAGCGACAAGGUGUACGAGGACGACAAGCCGGAGACCAUCGACAGCAUCGCCGACGACGCCCCGCACCGGGAAAUCGACCUGGCCAUCCUGAAGGCGCGGAAGGAAAUCGGGAGCAAGGCCAAGAUCUCGAUCGUGCUCCCGCCCGUCAUCUACGGCCUGGGGCAGGAGAACCGCCUGUCGAUCCAGAUCCCGACGCUGACCCGCUUUGCCCUGAAGCAUGGCUAUGCCGGCUACGUCGGGAAGGGCAAGGCGGUCUGGGGCCAGGUCCACGUGGCCGACCUCGCUCGAGGCUACAUGACCGUACUGCACCACGCGGAGCAGGCCUCGGGCGAGGAGGUCAUGAAGAACCCGUACUUCUUUGUCGAGAAUGGGGAGGAGUACUCGUGGCUCCGCAUCGCAGAGGAGAUCGGCAAGGCUGCUCACGAGGCAGGCCGCGUCCAGGACCCGACGCCGAGAGAGAUCCCCCCGGAGCAGUGGGGCGACCUCUUCGGAGAGGGGUCGCUGGCCAUGGCGGGCCAGAAUUCGCGGAACCGUGCGAACAGGCUCCGGGCUCUUGGGUGGAAGCCCCGCGAGAAGUCGACUUUCGCAUCACUGUCCGAGGACGAGCUGCCGGUCAUGCUGGCGGAGAAGGGAGAGUUCAAGGGCUACAAGGUUGCAGGAGGAUCAUGA